UGACCUCUCAAAAUGGAGACCCCCCUCUUUCCCGUUUGGAGUGGAAGUACGUUGUUGGAGAGAGAACUGAAAGCAAUCGAGGACCUCCAACACCGUCCGCGUCCAUAUGUCCCUCGAAGAAGAAGAAGAUCCACGGUUCUUCCCAUGGACCUUCUCCUCCUCCUUCUAGGGUACUCUCCCUGUCUUCUUGCCCAACGACCUUGCCAGCAACAUAGUUCCUUCGUAUCCAUCCACUGAUCCUUUGAAAGUCACUGAUUAAUAUACAAGCAUUUAUGUUGGUGUAGGUACGUAGCAUGAUUGGGUGCAACAAUGCGUUGGUUGCCUAGCAUUUCGUUCUCAUCCUCCUCCAGCUCUCGAUCCUCGUCGUCCUCGCUCAAAUCCCGGGGUGGUGAAUCGCCUAGCGGGAGGAUUGUUGACGUCUCCACCGGGUGGAGUUUCGGUCCGGUUAGGAAGCUCACGCGACAGCGGAAGCUCCGUCAUUUGAAUGAUCAACACGACAUCUCGGGCCCGCCCGAGCCUCUGGCGCAGCAUGUGCUAUCUCCGAGCAACGAUGCCGAUUUCUCGACCCCGCGGUUCUCUUCCACGGCGGCGUCCGCAUCCUCGGCGAAGCCGCAGCCGCUUCCGCUGCCGGAAUUAGGGAUCUUUGGCCGCAAGGAUAGGUUGAGUUCCAGCUACGUGGACUUCCAGCUCCCUUCACCGACGACUGGGCCGAGCCGAGGCGUAGAGGAGCGAGAUAGAGGGGGAGCGUUCUCCAACUCUCCAAUUAAGAGCGUGUUUGCCAGCCAAGAUGCGAGAUACACAAAAAAGACUACAGAUCAUGCUGACAAGAAGUCAUCUAGGAGGGAGUCUCAAGACCUAAAUGGCUCUAAAAGCUCAACAAAUGGCUUCAGGGUCGAUGUUCCCAUCAGGAGUGCUCCAACUAGUCCUUUCUCAAGUCCUGCACUCAGCCCACAAAGGCGGAGUGCAGCUGAUGCAUUUCCGUAUUACUAUUACAUUGUUCCUACGGGGAAUCAAGCCUGGUCUGCUCCGGAGAUGCCUACCUCGGAAAUGAUACCAGGGCUCCCUCCCCCUGCAUUCUUUGAUUACUCUGCAUUUAGUUGUAAUACAUCUCCCCAUCACAGUCCGGCAAGAAGUCACCUGCAAAACCCGAAAAGCCCAAGUGGACCUGCAUCGCCAUUGCAUUCAAAAUUAUCCCACGACACCUCAAUAGCACGCUUUGAAACUGACUGUCCUGUAAAUGUCCACCCAUUACCUCUUCCUCCUGGUGCAGCCAUGCCUUCACCCUCAGCUCCCAUUCCUCAGGCUAUAGCUAAAUCAGAGUUUGUGCCAAUGAAAAGUCCAUGGAAAAAAGGAAAGCUUAUUGGGCGCGGUACAUUUGGAAGUGUUUAUGUUGCCACCAAUCGGCUAACUGGAGCUUUAUGUGCAAUGAAGGAAGUUGAAUUACUUCCUGAUGACCCAAAAGCUGCAGAGUGUAUCAAGCAAUUGCAGCAGGCUAUACCUGAUGUAAUAUUUCCAGAAAAUGGUUUAGCUUGCAUUUUUUGUUUCUUAUUUGGGAACCUCUGGCCAUCCAUGUCCUCCUGUACAGAGCUAACAAGUCAAUGGGAAAUCAAAGUUCUCAGCCAACUGAAGCAUCUAAAUAUUGUGCAGUAUUAUGGCAGUGAAAUAGUUGAAGACCGGUUUUAUAUAUAUCUGGAGUAUGUUCAUCCUGGUUCCAUCAACAAAUAUGUUCGUGAACAUUGUGGAGCCAUGACAGAAUCUGUCGUUCGCAAUUUUACUCGCCAUAUUCUCAAUGGUUUGGCUUACUUGCAUAGCACAAAAACAAUUCAUAGGGACAUCAAAGGGGCUAAUUUGCUUGUUGAUUCCUUUGGAGUUGUCAAGCUUGCUGAUUUUGGUAUGGCUAAACAUCUCAUGCAAGGUGUGAUGCAGAGAGAUUCCAGCUCCGAUCUGGCUCUUGCUGUAGAUAUUUGGAGUUUGGGUUGUACGAUUAUUGAAAUGCUCACUGGAAAACCUCCUUGGAGUGAGUUUGAAGGGGCUGCAGCCAUGUUCAAGAUUUUGAGGGAUACCCCUAGCAUACCAGAAACAUUGUCAUCCGAGGGCAAGGAUUUUCUUCGGUGCUGCUUUCAAAGAAAUCCUGCACAGAGACCGUCAGCUGCCAUGUUACUGGAACAUCGGUUCAUGAAGAACUCGCAGCAGCUGGAUGUCUCAUAUUGCAACGCAGCAUUUAAUGGGAAGAACUUUACUCAAUAGUCGGACAGAGCGAUGUGAAGAUAAAUUCAGUCAGCUGCCAAGGUUCCCCAGCACACAAAUUGCAAAAGACAAAUUGGCUUCUUAGAGGGGCUCCAGAAUUGUAUCAUAGACUUCAAGAAGACUCUGGUAGGUGACUCGUAGCCAUAGUGUUGAGACAAUAGGUUAUUUGAUC